UGAAUGCUAUACGUCAUCAAUUAUUCGCGCUUCGAUUUCGAUGAGGACAUGAAAACCGUCGUGUAAAUUAAAUACAUUAGUAAAAGAUGUUGCAUGGUAAAAUUGUUGUAAUUAAAAGGACAGGUGCAGAUGGGGCCCAGUUUCCUUUGACUGCAGAUACUUGUGUGUUUGGAAGGUCCAGUGAAUGUGACAUAAGAAUACAGCUUCCAAAUGUUUCAAGGGAACACUGUAGGGUGACUGUUGAAAAUGGUCAAGUGUUUCUGACAAAUCUGAGCAACUCCAAUCCUGUCUCAUUAAAUGGGAAAAUUCUUGAAGGAAAGUCGAAACUCGUCAAUAAAGAUGUGUUCACCAUUAUAGACCGAUCAUUUAGAUUUGAACUCCCAGAUCACUUGCGUAACUCUUCACCUAAAAAGACUCCAAUAAAAUCUCCUCACAAGAUGAAGAUGGACACAAAGGUGCUGACCCCAUUGCAAAAGCCACCUUCAUCUCCCCAGAAAAUGAACAGGACACCUUUAAGUAAAAGUCCAAACAGAAGUUCAACACCUAAAGUAGGUUUAUCAAACACUAUCACCACUCCCAAAUCUAGGGUACAAUCUCCCAAGAAAACUCCAGCAACUGUUGGGAAGACACCUGUAUCAAUAGCAAAGUCUCCUGCUAAAAAGAGUCCAGGGAUGAAGACCCCUACUGUUACUCCUGCUAAAACUCCCAAAUCAGGAAGGAAAUCCAGGAGUGUGUCGCCCACGCCUAAGGCCUCAGCAGUUGCUACUCCCAAGUCCAAGAGAAAGUCAAGGAGUACCUCACCAAAAGGUCUGACUGUCUCUCCUAAGUCUCGGUCACCCAAGUCUGUAUCACUUCAAAGAAGCACAACCCCCAAGGUCAAAACACCUGUUGUGUUUACUUCUGAUAUUCCCCAGAAAGAUGCUAAGAGUACACCAGCAAGAAAUUCGAGGAGUACUUCACCAAAGGGUAGAUCACCUAAGUCAUCUUCUCCUAGGUCAAAAUCUCCCAAGGCUAAAUCUCCAAGGAGUGCUUCUCCUAAAGUUAAGUCUCCAAGGAGUGCUUCUCCUAAAGCUAAGUCUCCAAGGAGUGCAUCUCCUAAAGCUAAGUCUCCAAGAAGCGUUUCUCCGAAGGCAAAAUCACCAAGAAGUUCUUCUCCAAAGGCUCAAUCUCCAAUAAUUACAACUCCUGUCCAGGCAGCCAAAAUUGUCUCAACUCCCAAGUCUGGAAGAAAAUCAAGAAGUGUUUCACCUAAAGCAAAGACUCCUAUGGCUAAAUCCCCUGUUCCUGCAAGCACUCCCUCAAAAUCUGUUGGAGAAUUAAUGGCAACUCCUAAAUCUGGAAGAAAAUCGCUGAGUGGAUCACCAAAACCCAAAACGCCAGUUGUUUCUUCUACUCCAUCAAAGUCUGCAGAGCAGCCAAUGUCUACCCCCAAAACAGGAAGAAAAUCUAGGAGUGUUUCUCCAAAGAACAAAACACCUGCUACCUUGCCUAAAUCCAGGAGCCCCUCUCCUAAGGCCAAGACACCUGCCAAAACUCCAGCUACUCCUCAAGUGCCAGUUUCGGUGGAAAAAUCACCUAAAUGGACACCUGUGGUGAACAAGAAGAAAGAGAGAAGGUCUUUACCAGUUGGGACUGCAAUAAUCAGUGCAGCAUUGCCAAAGACACCUGCAAGUUCUGGAAAGAAAAGAAAGUCAACAGAAACUUUAGAAUCCAGGUCCAAGAAAGCCAGAGUGUCAUUUGGACCAAAGCUGAGCCCUGAACACUUCCUGAAAACUCUACCCCCAUCAACGCCAGUCAGAAAAGGAGCAACACCUAAAAGACCAGGAGCAGGAGCUGAGUCUCUGAAGCCUCUUUUGAAGAGGAAAUCUAUUGCUGCUUCCAAGAAGUCCCCAAUUAAGGAAGAAAGUCCAUUUAAAGCAAAGAGUCCAGGAAGAUCUCCUAAGGCUGGAGGCCGUUCACCAAGGAGUCCAAAGGGGGUUAAAUCUCCUAAAGCUAACAAAAGCCCUAUUGCUUCACCCAAAACACCAGGACAAAACAAAUCAGUAGAAGAAAAACCUACUAGUCCACGUACAAGGAGCCCAUCUCAUGGGAAAUCACCUGAAACAACACCUGCUGCACUGAAAAAUACCCCAGCCAAAUCACCACGCAGCAAAUCGCCGCAGGCUAAAGCAACACCUGUUGCUGCAAGGUCACCCAAGUCUCCAGCUGGCAGCAAAUCGCCACAGGCUAAAGCAACACCUGUUGCUGCAAGAUCACCCAAGUCUCCAGGUGGCAGCAAAUCGCCACGUAGUAAACCAGCAACCCCAAUAAAGUCUCCGAAGAAUACUCCCAAAAAGUCUCCAAAAAGUUCCAAGAAGUCUAAAUCAGUUGAUUCAAUGGAUGAAUCAUUUGCAAUUGAAGGUUUGUUUGAGACACCAAAUGUUUUCACAAGUACACCAAUGACAGGAAGUAACAAGAAGAGAAGAUCAGCAGUGCUGACCAAAUCUCAAUCCAAGAAAAAGCAACCAGUCAACAGAAGAGCAAGCACUGGAAAUCUUGAUGGCGUGAAGAGGUUGCUGAAGACUCCUAAAAGAUUGCCAGACACUAGUUUUACGGGUUUAUCUGAAAUGAUGAAAACACCAAAGGCAGCUUCAGCAAAGAAAACUACAACUCCCAAGGUUAAAUCUCCCAAAACUCCAUUAGAAACAAGUUACAGUGGAAUUGCUGCCAUGAUGGCAUCUCCAAAAGCACAAGCAGUCUCUUCAAAGAAAGGCUCUCCUAAAACCAUUGUUGCUUCUCCUGUUGUGAAGAAGCUUGACAAUACCAUGGCUGAUUUGAGGAAAGCUGUUGCUAUUCGAGCAAUCCUCGGAAAGGGGGCUACUCCAAAGAUGCCACAGGUUGCACCUAAAUCCUGGGCUGAUGUGGUCAAGAAAGGCAAGGCUAAGAAAGUUCUUACCCCACAAGCUAGAAGAGUUGUUCAUGUCAAGAGGCUUGGGAAGAGUAGCAAGAAAAAUCAAAGAAAGUCCAUUACUAAGACACCAAGAACCAUUGCCAGAGCCACUGCACCUACAACAGGACAUGCAGAUUCACCCAUGACCAUUGUCAUUGGCAAGAAGAGGGUGAAGACUCCAGCUGCUCUCCCCAAAAAGGGACGCAAAUCAUUAGGAAAAUCCAAGCAGGCUAUGAAGAACAAUGCUGUCAGUCCAUCAGGAGUAAAAGAUCUGUUUAAAACUCCAAAAGCCAAAUCGCCUAAGGCUAGAUCUCCAGCGGUCGCCACUCCCAUGAGUGCAGGAACUCCUCACUCCCUCUUCUCGGAUAUUCCUGACACUCCUAAUGGACCUGGUGAAAUGGCUGUGUCCCCUCUGAACAACAGCAUUGCUGCAGCAAGUCCACGAUUGUCUGGCAUGAAGAGGCUGUUUGCUCAGCCAAAGGGAGCUAAGUCACCUGCCAGUCCACUUGGAAUAGACAGAAUGAUGAAGUCGCCGGCAUCAGCAAAGGCUGCAAAAAGCCCCAAGUCUCCAAGAAGAGGAACAAAGAGAGGGGCCAAAGUUUUAGCCACUCCACCUCAGCCAACCAAGAAGAUCCGUGUGACCACCCCACAACAGAAAGCUACCAGUCCUGCCGUAAAGAUGACAACCCCAGUGGCUCCGAGUCCAGCUAAAUCUCCUGUAGCUAGAAGAGGAAGGAAAGCUGCUGCGAAAAAGACACCUACAACUACAGCAGAAAAAGGGACGAGAAGAGGAAGGCGUGCACAAGUCGAUGUGGCCACUGUCUCACCUGCUGUUGUCCAGACUUCACCCAAACCUGUUGCUGUUGUGGCACCUAUGAGCUCAAAAAAGAAGGUAGAGGAGGAAGCCAAGCCAGUCAAAAAUGGGAAAGAUGUAAUGAAACCCAUUGUAAACAUAACUCCAAUGAAGGAAGCUGUCGAAAAGGAGCAAAAGCGCACAACAAAGGAGAAGAAAGCUGCAACUCCAGUUAAGGAUUCUCCUAAACCUGCACCUAAAAAACGUGCUACAAGAGGCAAAGCAAGUACUAAGGAGGAUAAGGAAAAUGAGCCUAAAAUAAUCAGUCCAGCAAAAGGAAGAAGUACAAGAGGGAAAGCAGCUGCAAAGGUGUCGCCCAAAAAAGCAACUGCAAAAUCAACACCCAAGAAAGCAGCAUCACCUGCUAAACCAGCAGCUCGCAAAAGAACUAGGGGAGCUGCCGCAGAGGAGACUGUGCCAUCUAAGCAACAAAAAGUUGAAGAGAUUGUUGAAAAAGAAACUACCCCUCUCAAAAAGAGUCCUGCUAAGGGACGUGCAAAAAGAGGACGAGGAGCUGCAAUCAAAUUGGCAACUAAAAGUAAGAAAGCUGCAGAUCAAGAGGUUCCAGAGGAAGUAAUCGUCACUGCUGUUAACAGUCCAAAAGCUCCAAAGAGGAGGGGUGGAAGAGCAGCAGCAAAAAAGGUAGCAACACCAGUGAAACCUGCUGCACAGGAAAAAGCAGCAACACCAGCAGUCAGUACAAAAAAGAGGACAGCAACUAGACAGAAGAAAGCUCAACCAGAAAAUAAAGAUUUGGUUGUUAGUGCAGCAAGUCCUGUAAAGGCAGCAUCCCGCAAAAGGACCAGGGGAGCAGCCCCAGUGAAUUUGAGUUCACCCAAACAACAAAAAAUAGAAAGUGAGCCAGUGGCAGCGAGUCCUGUUAAAGCAACACGUCAGAGAAAGGGCAGGGCUGCCGUUGCUACAAAAGCAACACCCACUAAAGCAGCAAAGAGCAAAGCAGUGAAAAAGUCUCCUGCUAAGGAAACUAAUACUUCUAUGAAUGUAACUGUAGCAACACCAGCUAAAAGGGCUACACGAGGAAAGAAAGAAACACCGAAGAAGAAAGCAACACCAGCUAAAAGGGCCACACGAGGAAAGAAAGAAUCACCUGCAAAGGAAACUGAUGUUCCCAUGGAUAUCACUGUAGCAACUCCUGCAAAAAAAGCUGUAAGAGGAAAGAAAGCUGCAGCUUCAAAGCAGGCAAAGAACAAAGCUGCUACCCCAGUAAAGGAGGCAACACCGACAAAAGCAAGAGGUACAAGGGCCAAGCAGGCAAAGAACAAAGCUGCUACCCCAGUAAAGGAGGCAACACCAACAAAAGCAAGAGGUACAAGGGCCAAACCUGCAAAAGUUUCACCUGCCAAGAAAGUCACACCCAAGAAAACAGCUGCUGCUAAGAAAACUGCUGUCACACCUAAAGUUUCUACAAAGAAAACCAGGGGUAAAGCAACAGCCAAGGCUUCUUCUCCAGCUAAGAGAGUUACUCGAUUAAGGAAGAAGUAAAAUGUUGAAUUUGUGGACUUGUUCAGGAGUUACAAGUUUAUGCAAGAUUUCUUUUCAUAAUCUUUGAAUGAGAGGAUAUUAGAAUAUGAAUCUUGAGAGCAAAAAUUGAAUAAGGCAGCAGCGAUGUAUUAUCAAUUUUAUUUUUCGAUUUUUAUCUGUUAAAGUCAGAAAUUCUAACAAGUGAGAGUUUUUAAAGUUCGGAAGAUGUUGAUGUAAAAUGAUAUUCAUAUUUAUUCUUUGUUUUGUAUGAAAGAAAUUUAUUAGUGUGAAAGGUCAGGGAUUUUAGAAAAAAUUGUACAGAUAUUUAUGUAUAGUCAGCAUUGUAACUUUGUUUCUUUUACAUUUCUCCCCUUUUCUUCUCCGACUUCUUCUGCAAUGUGUUCUUAUUGAUCUUAUGUGUCUAUUUUAUAUAUGUUCAGCAUUUUAUCCAGUGUUCAUUUUCAAUAUUAUCCACCAUUCUGAUGUGUUCAGUGUAGUUAUUUUUGUAACCUUAGACAUUCAUUUUAUCACCAUGUUUAUUUUUAACUAGUGCAGAUCUUUUUAUUUUCAUUUUGUGCAUGUUUGUCAUUUUUUGUGUAUUGUCUAUUUAUGUAUGUAGAAGUAUUGGAGAUGCAUACAAAACUCGGAACCAGCAUAGCUGGUGAGGUAGUAUAGCUGUAAGAAAAUAGAUUUAGAUCUCUAGUGGACGGAUUAAUUACUGUUUAAAACUCGAUUGCUCCUUCUGAUUUCAACAACUAUUAAAGUGUAUGAAAUGUAAUUGAAAAAAAACUUUUAACUUUCCAUCAGUUUGUAUAGCAAGAUAAACCAUACUUUUAAAGGAAAGAAGACCGUUUUCUGUUUUAAGUAAAAACAUUUCAGAUAAAAUUGAGCUAUUUUCAAACCAAUAAAUGUUUUGUAUUCUAAAUCUCAUAUGGAUGAUCAAAUAAAUAUUGGAAGAAAU